AUGUAUCCACCUGCUGCUCCUCCACCAGUUCACCCCACCAAUUCACCCCACCAGUUCAUCCCACCAGUUCACUCCACCAAUCCACCCCACCAACUCACCCCACCAGUUCAUCCCACCAGUUCACUCGCCCAGUUCACUCCACCAGUUCACCCCACCAACUCACCCCACCAGUUCACCCCGCCGGUUCAUCCCACCAGUUCAUCCCACCAGUUCACUCCACCAGUUCACCCCACCAGUUCACCCCACCAGUUCAUCUCACCAGUUCACCCCACCAGUUCACCUCACCAGUUCACCCCACCAAUUCAUCCCACCAGUUCACUCGCCCAGUUCACUCCACCAGUUCACCCCACCAACUCACCCCACCAGUUCACCCCGCCGGUUCAUCCCACCAGUUCAUCCCACCAGUUCACUCCACCAGUUCACCCCACCAGUUCACCCCACCAGUUCAUCUCACCAGUUCACCCCACCAGUUCACCUCACCAGUUCACCCCACCAAUUCAUCCCACCAGUUCACUCGCCCAGUUCACUCCACCAGUUCACCCCACCAACUCACCCCACCAGUUCACCCCGCCGGUUCAUCCCACCAGUUCAUCCCACCAGUUCACUCCACCAGUUCACCCCACCAGUUCACCCCACCAGUUCAUCUCACCAGUUCACCCCACCAGUUCACCUCACCAGUUCACCCCACCAAUUCAUCCCACCAGUUCACUCGCCCAGUUCACUCCACCAGUUCACCCCACCAACUCACCCCACCAGUUCACCCCGCCGGUUCAUCCCACCAGUUCAUCCCACCAGUUCACUCCACCAGUUCACCCCACCAGUUCACCCCACCAGUUCAUCUCACCAGUUCACCCCACCAGUUCACCUCACCAGUUCACCCCACCAAUUCAUCCCACCAGUUCACUCGCCCAGUUCACUCCACCAGUUCACCCCACCAACUCACCCCACCAGUUCACCCCGCCGGUUCAUCCCACCAGUUCAUCCCACCAGUUCACUCCACCAGUUCACCCCACCAGUUCACCCCACCAGUUCAUCUCACCAGUUCACCCCACCAGUUCACCUCACCAGUUCACCCCACCAAUUCAUCCCACCAGUUCACUCGCCCAGUUCACUCCACCAGUUCACCCCACCAACUCACCCCACCAGUUCACCCCGCCGGUUCAUCCCACCAGUUCAUCCCACCAGUUCACUCCACCAGUUCACCCCACCAGUUCACCCCACCAGUUCAUCUCACCAGUUCACCCCACCAGUUCACCUCACCAGUUCACCCCACCAAUUCAUCCCACCAGUUCACUCGCCCAGUUCACUCCACCAGUUCACCCCACCAACUCACCCCACCAGUUCACCCCGCCGGUUCAUCCCACCAGUUCAUCCCACCAGUUCACUCCACCAGUUCACCCCACCAGUUCACCCCACCAGUUCAUCUCACCAGUUCACCCCACCAGUUCACCUCACCAGUUCACCCCACCAAUUCAUCCCACCAGUUCACUCGCCCAGUUCACUCCACCAGUUCACCCCACCAACUCACCCCACCAGUUCACCCCGCCGGUUCAUCCCACCAGUUCAUCCCACCAGUUCACUCCACCAGUUCACCCCACCAGUUCACCCCACCAGUUCAUCUCACCAGUUCACCCCACCAGUUCACCUCACCAGUUCACCCCACCAAUUCAUCCCACCAGUUCACUCGCCCAGUUCACUCCACCAGUUCACCCCACCAACUCACCCCACCAGUUCACCCCGCCGGUUCAUCCCACCAGUUCAUCCCACCAGUUCACUCCACCAGUUCACCCCACCAGUUCACCCCACCAGUUCAUCUCACCAGUUCACCCCACCAGUUCACCUCACCAGUUCACCCCACCAAUUCAUCCCACCAGUUCACUCGCCCAGUUCACUCCACCAGUUCACCCCACCAACUCACCCCACCAGUUCACCCCGCCGGUUCAUCCCACCAGUUCAUCCCACCAGUUCACUCCACCAGUUCACCCCACCAGUUCACCCCACCAGUUCAUCUCACCAGUUCACCCCACCAGUUCACCUCACCAGUUCACCCCACCAAUUCAUCCCACCAGUUCACUCGCCCAGUUCACUCCACCAGUUCACCCCACCAACUCACCCCACCAGUUCACCCCGCCGGUUCAUCCCACCAGUUCAUCCCACCAGUUCACUCCACCAGUUCACCCCACCAGUUCACCCGACCNCCACAUGCAUCACCCUAUUGCCCUGUUGCAGUGUCCAAACCCACUAACUUGUAGUAAAUUUUAA